UUCAACCAUUGCAUCACAGAUAGAACUCCAACCCAUUAUAGAUGUUCGAUAAAAGAUUAGAAUGAGAGGAGCAAUGGGAAAUCCCCCCGGUGCAGUCAAGGCGAGGCAUCGAUUGUUUGCAUCAAUUGAAGAAAUAUGCAGAAGGAGAUUGCAGAGAGUCAAAGUGAAAGCUUCUGAGAAGCCCUUCCAUAUCCAAGACAGGAACUCAUGCUGCAAGUUUCCUCUAUUGAAGCUUGUCCUUGUUAUCGUUUUUUGUGGCACUUUUGUUACACUUUUGUACUCUCCAGAUGUUUAUAGCAGCAACCAUCUACCACAUUCUGGAUCAAGGUGGAUAUGGGGAGGAACAGAUCCUCGAUAUGUAUCGGAUCUAGAUACGAAUUGGGAUGAUGUGAUGAAAGUUAUUGAGAAGCUGAGUGAACAAAAUGAUUAUCAAGGAAUUGGCCUUUUAAACUUCAAAAAUAGUGAAGUCACUUACUGGAAGCAUCUUAUUCCUGAUGCUACCCACAUUGUUCUGGAACUAGACUAUGCUGCAAGAAAUGUGACUUGGGAUUCUUUAUACCCUGAAUGGAUUGAUGAGGAGCAAGAAACUGAAGUUCCAGUUUGUCCAUCUCUACCAAAGAUUGAAGUUCCUAGAAAACGGCUUGAUCUUGUUGCGGUUAAGCUUCCUUGCAGAAAUGAAGGAAAUUGGUCUAGAGAUGUUGCUCGGUUGCACUUGCAGCUCGCAUCUGCUGCUCUUGCAGCUUCUGCCAAAGGCUUUUACCAUGUCCAUUUGCUUUUCAUCACACGGUGCUUCCCAAUACCUAACCUAUUCACAUGCAAGGAACUUGUCAUUCGUGAAGGGAAUGUGUGGCUAUACAAACCAGACCUUAAUAUUUUAAGAGAGAAGCUACAGCUUCCUGUUGGAUCUUGUGAACUUGCGCUUCCUCUUAAAUCAAAAGAAGCAGUCUACUCAGAUAAUCCGCAGAGAGAAGCAUAUGCAACUAUCCUGCAUUCUGCUCAUGUUUAUGUCUGUGGAGCGAUAGCUGCUGCACAAAGCAUUCGCCAGGCUGGAUCAACGCGUGACCUUGUAAUACUUGUCGAUGAAUCAAUAAGUGUUUAUCACAGGAGUGGACUAGAGGCUGCAGGAUGGAAAAUAAGAACAAUCCAAAGAAUCCGGAACCCAAAAGCUGAGAAAGAUGCCUACAAUGAAUGGAACUACAGCAAGUUUAGGCUAUGGCAACUGACAGAAUAUGACAAGAUCAUUUUUAUCGAUGCAGAUUUGCUUAUACUUAGGAACAUUGAUUUCUUAUUUGGAAUGCCAGAAAUAUCUGCAACAGGAAACAAUGGCACACUUUUUAACUCUGGAGUGAUGGUUAUUGAGCCUUCAAAUUGUACAUUCCAGCUUUUGAUGGAUCACAUAAAUGAGAUUGAGUCAUACAAUGGUGGAGACCAAGGGUACUUGAAUGAAAUCUUUACGUGGUGGCAUCGGAUUCCUAAACACAUGAACUUUUUGAAACAUUUCUGGUUUGGUGAUGAGGAAGAGAUCAAACAGAAGAAAACUCAUCUUUUUGGCGCGGAGCCUCCAAUCCUUUAUGUGCUUCACUAUCUGGGUGUGAAGCCAUGGCUGUGCUUUAAAGACUAUGAUUGUAACUGGAACGUCGAUAUAUUUCAGGAGUUUGCAAGCGAUGUUGCACAUGAGAGGUGGUGGAGAGUGCAUGAUGCAAUGCCUGAGCAGUUGCAUCAGUUCUGCAUGUUGCAAUCAAAGCAAAAGGCACAGUUAGAAUUUGACCGGAGGGAAGCUGAGAAAGCAAACUACUCAGAUGGACAUUGGAAAAUCAAAGUUAAGGAUCGACGUUUGAAUAAAUGCAUCGACAAUUUAUGCUCCUGGAAGAGUAUGUUAAGACACUGGGGCGAGUCUAAUUGGACAGAUGAUGAGUUUGCUGUACCAACACCCCCUGCAAUCACCAUGGCAUCUCUGUAUUAGUUUCCAAUUCCUCACACAGUUCAUGCUUUUGAUAUGUAAAGGAGACAGAUACUCUGCAUAAAUGGAUUCAUUUUUUCCCCUGGCUUUCAAGCCAUAUGAUUUUUAAGCCUCAUUCUAUAAUCUU